UUCCGGGUUAGCCGGAUGUGCUUCACUUGAAUCAGACCGCUUUUAUUUUUCUCUGAGCGGCUGGCUGCUGAAUGAUCCAUAGAUAAACUCGUUUAACGGACUCAUUGUUUUGUUUCUCGUUCAACACAUAUUUGGCUUUGUUACAUUCACAUCGAAGCGGGGUGAAACAUGUCCAGGAGGCGGCACAGCGAUGAGAACGACGGAGGUCAAGCCCAUAAGAGGAGGAGAACAUCGGAGCCGAUUGAGAUCGAAGACCGUCUGGAGUCACUGAUAUGUCGUGUUGGGGAAAAGAGCACAUCAUCCCUCGAGAGCAACCUGGAGGGCCUCGCUGGCGUCUUAGAGGCAGACCUCCCAAACUACAAAAGCAAAAUUCUGCGCAUUUUAUGUGCUGUUGCCCGCCUCCUGCCCGAGAAGCUGACCGUGUAUACGACCUUAGUCGGCCUCCUUAACGCCAGGAACUACAACUUUGGGGGCGAGUUCGUUGAGGCCAUGAUCAGGCAGUUGAAGGAGACGUUAAAAAACAACUUGUACAGUGAAGCUGUUUACUUGGUGCGUUUUCUGUCUGAUUUGGUCAACUGCCACGUGAUUGCUGCUCCCUCUAUGGUGGCCAUGUUUGAAAACUUUGUCAGUGUUACUCAGGAGGAAGAUGUGCCACAGGUUCGGUCGGACUGGUUUGUGUACGUCGUUCUGUCCUGUCUGCCCUGGGUCGGGAAGGAGCUCUAUGAGAAGAAGGACGUGGAAAUGGACCGGCUCCUCAGCCAGAUCGAAGGCUACCUCAAGAGGAGAGUAAAGACCCAUGUCCCCAUGCUGCAGGUGUGGACUGCAGAUAAACCCCAUCCACAAGAGGAGAAACUGCAGCCCGGAUCGUUGCCCCAAGUCUUGGCCCAAGCCACAGAGAUGCUUUACAUGAGACUGGACACCAUGAACACCACCUGCAUAGACCGACUAAUCAACUGGUUUUCUCAUCAUUUGAGCAACUUCCAGUUCCGAUGGAGCUGGGAUGACUGGUCUGACUGCUUGACCGUGGAUCUAGAGAAACCCAAGCCCAAGUUUGUCAAAGAGGUUCUGGAGAAGUGCAUGAGACUUUCAUACCACCAGAGGAUAGUGGACAUCGUGCCUCCAACCUUUUCGGCCCUCAUUCCUGCUGACCCCAUCUUUACAUAUAAAUAUCCAGACGACACCGCCUCCUCGUUACCGGGUUACCCCAUGUCCAUCACCGUCAGUAACGCCAUCAAGAACAGAGCAUCUAACGAAGAGAUCCUCACCGUCCUCAAAGAGGUCCCCAACCCCAACCAGGAAGAUGAUGAUGACGAGGGCGAGAGCUUCAAUCCUCUGAAGAUCGACGUGUUCCUGCAGACUCUGCUCAACCUAGCAGCCAAAUCCUUCAGCCACUCGUUCAGUGCACUCGGCAAGUUUCACGAGAUCCUGAAGACUCUGGCCAACAGUGACGAGGGAAAGCUGCACCUCCUCAAAGUGUUGUAUGAAGUGUGGAGGAACCACCCGCAGAUGAUCGCCGUGUUGGUGGACAAAUUGAUUCGGACGCAGGUUGUGGACUGUGCUGCAGUCGCCAACUGGCUCUUCUCUCAGGACAUGGCUCACGAGUUCACCAGACUUUUCAUCUGGGAGAUCCUGCACUCGACCAUCCGAAAGAUGAACAAACACGUGCAGAAGAUCCAGAAGGAGCUGGAGGAGGCCAAAGACAAACUGGAGAAACAGCAGCACAAGAGGCGCGACAGCGGGGACGACGAGGAAAUGGACAAGAACAGUGAAGAUGAGGAGGGUCAGCUGGAGGAGCAGAUCGAGAGGCUCCAGGAGAAGGUGGAGUCUGCUCAGAGCGAGCAGAAAAACCUCUUCCUUGUCAUCUUCCAGAUCCCCACAUCACUGCAGCUGCUAGAAGGUUCAUACAGCUCCAAAGUCAAAACUGGCCCACCCAAGGGUUCAAUGUGA